CUCGCUUUUUUUUCUCUCUUGUUGUUUUCAUAUUCUUCUGCAACCAUCUAAAUUAUGAAACAAACCACUGUGCCCAGACAAAAAAACAACAACAAAGCAAAUUAGAAACAAAGCAAUUUUCCUAUCCAACAAAUUAGCAUAACAGCCACACUACUGUAAAGUCUACAAUAACCUCCUCCCUUUGAUGGAGAUUUUGUCCUCACGAGUAACAACCCAAACACGCAAAUUCCUUUACAAGAAGAACCCAAUAAAUUCAUCCCUCCAUUAAUUUCAUUCACAGAAUUUUCAGCUAAACAUUAGCUGAGUCCUUCCUCUGGUUUUCCAUAAGAAAAAAACAGAGUACCAACAGAAGAAAAAACAAACAAGAAUAUAGUUUUUUUCUCUGUAUAAUUCUUACAACCCCAUCUUUAUCUUCUUCCUAAGGGUUUGCAGAGAUUGAGAGGGAGAGGUGUAGAGUAGGGAGAGAAAGAAGAAAGAAAGAAAACAUGGGUAAUUGUGUUUCCUAGAAAUGUGUGUAAAUUUUUGUUAUGAUUGGGUAUCACCACCACCUCAUCUUCAGAAAAAAAAAAACACUCAUCUUUUUCUUCACAGUCUGAAACCCUUUUGUCUUACACACCCAGUGAGAAAGAACUAUCCACGUGAAACAGUGUUCUCUAUGUUUUUAGAGACUAAAGUUAAAAAAAAUUACUCCAUUUUUUUUCUUUUCUUUGCAUGAAUUAGGGCAGACAAGUGUCGUAAUGGAGGGUUCAGUUUUUUAGCCCCUUGGUUUCAUCGCAAAUUGGUUCUAUAUAUCUGUUUCAUUUUUCAUCAUGAUGAAUGAUGGCCACUUUCUGUGUAAUUCCACCCACCACCUAUACAGUACAGCUGCUGCUAUAACCUCAUCUUGUUCCUUACCACGUGGCCCUGUUUCAGUAACGUCUCUAUAUACCUCCACCACCACCACUCUAUAAGUUCACUCCAACCCUAAACCCCCUUCUUCACCAAUUCUUGAUUUCUUGAUUCUUGAUGAUGGCUUCCUUACUUAGAUUUAGGAAGCUAUGUUAUGUAGAACCUGCAAUUAGUAAAUGUUCUUUUCAAUCUGUUGAUAAGGUUAUCAAGAAACAUGAUAAUCAAUCUUGUAUUCCACCACCACCACCACCACCACCACCUCUGCUUAAAAUUACUAAUGAUGGUGAUAAGAGGAAGGUUCUAAGGAGGAGAAGAGAUCCGAAAGAAUGGAGAUGUUUAGAUUGGUGCUGUUGGAUGAUUGGUUAUAUAUGUACAACAUGGUGGUUGUUAUUAGUACUGUAUAAUGCAUUGCCGGGGUUUGAAGUGCCGGAGUCACCGGGGGUUAAACUUAAAAAAGAAGGAUUAAAUGCAUUACAUCCGGUUGUACUAAUACCUGGCAUUGUUACCGGUGGAUUGGAGCUGUGGGAGGGGAAACCUUGUGCAGAUGGUCUAUUUCGGAAACGAUUAUGGGGUGGUAGCUUUACUGAAAUUUUCAAGAGGCCUUUGUGUUGGCUAGAACAUAUGUCUUUAGACAAUGAAACAGGAUUAGACCCACCAGGCAUACGUGUUCGAGCUGUCCCGGGGUUAGUUGCUGCUGAUUAUUUCGCUUCUUGGUACUUUGUUUGGGCUGUUCUUAUUGAGAAUUUGGCUAAAAUUGGAUAUGAAGGGAAGAACAUGCACAUGGCUGCUUAUGAUUGGAGACUGUCUUUCCAGAAUACUGAGGUCCGGGACCAAGCUCUAAGUAGGCUGAAGAGUAAAAUUGAACUUAUGUAUGUGACUAAUGGAUAUAAAAAGGUUGUAGUUGUACCUCAUUCAAUGGGGGUUCUCUACUUUCUACAUUUCCUUAAAUGGGUCGAAGCACCUUCUCCAAUGGGUGGUGGUGCAGGGCCAGGAUGGUGCGCUAAGCAUAUCAAAUCAGUGAUGAACAUUGGCCCUGCAUUCCUUGGUGUCCCAAAGGCAGCCAGUGGCUUGUUCUCUGGAGAGGCUAAAGAUGUUGCUUUUGCCAGGGCAAUGGCGCCGGGGGUUUUAGAUUCUGAGCUUCUUGGGCUUCAGACUCUAGAACAUGUAAUGCGGGUAUCUCGUACAUGGGACUCACUCAUGUCCUUAAUCCCAAAAGGAGGAGAGACUAUCUGGGGUAACAUGGAUUGGUCCCCUGAAGAAGAGUACGAUUGUGAUCCAACAAAGACGAAGUACGUCCAGUCUGCUUUAAGCGAAAGUUCACAGUCAACUAAUGAAACUGAUGGAAAGCUAGGUUUCAAGGUCAAGGAUCCUGUAAGAUAUGGCAGGAUAAUUUCUUUUGGGAAGACAACAUCACAGGUUCAAUCUUCCAAUCUGCCGUCAUUUGAUCCAAAGGAAAUUUCUCGAGGUCGCCAUCAACACAAGUCAAACUCCUCAUGUGGAGAUGUGUGGACGGAAUAUGAUGAAAUGAGCAGGGAGAGUAUUCGAGGUGUUGCUGACAAUAAAGCGUAUACGGCAAAAACCUUAAUAGAUUUACUUCACUUCGUAGCUCCAAAAAUGAUGCGGCGAUCUGAUGCUCAUUUCUCGUAUGGAAUAGCAGAUAAUUUAGAUGAUCCUAAAUACUCGCAUUACAAGUACUGGUCCAAUCCACUCGAAACCAAGUUGCCUGAUGCUCCAAACAUGGAAAUUUACUGUCUAUACGGGACGGGUAUUCCCACGGAAAGAUCAUAUGUGUACAGAACUUCUCCUACGGAUAGGUGCAAAAGCAUUCCCUUCAGGAUAGAUAGCUCUGUAGGUGGGAGUGGUGAUGGUUGCUUAAGAAAUGGUGUAUAUUUCGUAGAUGGGGAUGAAAGUGUCCCAGUUAUAAGUGCAGGGUUCAUGUGUGCAAAAGGUUGGCGUGGAAAGAACAGGUUCAACCCGUCAGGUAUUCCUACAUACAUACGCGAAUACAAGCACAAAACACCUGCCUUCUUUGAAGGCCGUGGUUUAGAAAGUGGGGCACAUGUGGAUAUUAUGGGAAAUGUUGCACUAAUUGAAGACGUAAUGCGAGUUGCUGCUGGUGCCACCGGUAUGGAAAUAGGUGGUGAUAAAAUUUAUUCCGACAUUCUUAGAAUGUCAGAACGGAUAAAUUUACGAGUAUGAUUUCAUUGUAUGAGGCACAAUUUUCUUAGAGGAUGGUGUAAACCGCUCUUCUGACAAUCCCUACAGUUUUCUUUGUGGAAAACACAGAACCAUAAUUGAGAGCAGGAACUGAAAGCAAGGGCAGAAGUGCAGUAAAUGAAUGAGCUGAAUUGAAAAUUCAGAUUCAGAGAGUGAGAGAAAGAGAGAUGAGGCAAUGAGAAUGAUUAUAUUUGGUCGCAUUUAAAGAAGCAGUUGGUAGUGUAGAUGAUGAGGGGUAAUUUGGUAGGGCAAGAAAGAGCGGUUACAGGUUGUGUAGUACUGUACAAUCCCUAUAAUAACUUGAGCUUGAAAUGGACAUUAAAAGUCAUAUAACAUCAUAGUUUGCUUUCUAGGGUAGAUUUUUCUUAUCAACAACUGUAUCUUCUCUAAUAAAAGAAACUGAAACAUUUUAAC